AUGAAGGAACCAUGCAACGGGAAUCAAACCCUAGAGAACUUGGAGCUUCUGGGAAACGGGUUGGCUGGAACACUCCCAGAGGAGUUGGGACUUUUGACAUCACUCAAGUACAUCAGGCUGGGCAAAGACAAUAAUGGAGGGACUAUCAUUAGUCAGUUCGGUUCCUUGCCCAAGCUUUGGGGUCUUCACUUGGUUGGCUCUCAUCUCAGUGGCACCAUACCAUCUGAGCUAGGGUCACUCUCCAAUACACUCAAAGGUUUUGCUGUGCAGGGAAAUUUCCUAUCAGGGUCCUUGCCAAGUGAGUUGUGGCAACUAAGGGAAUUGAAAGAGCUGAGAAUUGGCAACAACCCACUGGAACUGUCCAUUCAAAAUGACGUGCACAAGUACAUGCCGAAAUUUCGAGUUAUAUAUGCUGCAAGGCUCACAACGUUGGAUGGUUCCCUGCCAACAACAUUGGGUCUGCUAACGGGGUUGAGUCACUUUAACAUUGAGGAGAAUGUUGUUACGGGACCACUCCCGAGUGAGUUGGCAACCUUGACAAGUUUGGGAAGCAUCAUUGCCAAAAUCAACCAGCUGACGGGUUCUUUGCCUUCCGAGUAUGGUCUUUUCCGAAGCUUUGCGUCACUAGACCUGCGAGGAAACAUGGGUAUGGUUGGUCCGUUUCCUCCACAACUGGCAAAUCUGAAUGAGAGUUUGGAACUAUUGGACUUGGAAGACACUUCAAUUACUGGCAACAUUCCAAAGAAGCUUUGUGAGCUUGAAUCUCUCAAUUUUGCAUGUCCACCCAUGUGUGGUUGUGGCUGUCCAUGUUCGGAAUUGUAG